UUCUACGUGUAAAAUAAGACUUAUACGCGAGAAAAGACUUUUUUUUUAAGACUUAUGCAGGUGAUUCUGUCCUUUUCACAGUUUUCUCUCGUUACAGCCUCCUGAACUAAGACUUAAGACUUAAGUCUUUGCUGACUGACCCUUCAAGACCCUCCGUGUGCGCAAGACUGGAGGAUUUACCAGGAUUAACACCCUCUGUGUAAGACUGAAGGAUUUGCCAGGAUUGAAACCCUCUGUGUGUGUAAGACUGUAGGAUUUACCAGGAUUAACACUGUGUGUAAGACUGGAGGAUUUACCAGGAUUAAGACCCUUUGUGUAAGACUGGAGGAUUUACCAGGAUUAAUACCCUCUGUGUGUGUAAGACUGGAGGAUUUACCAGGAUUAAGACCCUUUGUGUAAGACUGGAGGAUUUACCAGGAUUAAUACCCUCUGUGUGUGUAAGACUGGAGGAGUUACCAGGAUUAAGACCCUGUGUGUGUGCAAGACUGAAGGAUUUACCAGGAUUUCUAGAAUACUUGCCUCUCAGCUUAGAGGAUUUUAGGCAUUAGGAUUUUCCUCUCGCAAGAAUAGGAUUUCAGCUUGAAGCCUGUAAUCCCAGACUGAAGGUUGUAAUCCCAGCUUGAAGGCUGUAAUCCCAGCUUGAAGGUUGUAAUCCCAGCUUGAAGCCUGUAAUCCCAGACUGAAGGUUGUAAUCCCAGCUUGAAGGCUGUAAUCCCAGCUUGAAGGCUGUAAUCCUAGCUUGACGGGUAUAAUCCCAUCGUGAAGGCUAUAAUCCCAGCUUGAAGGCUGUAAUCCCAGCUUGAAGGCUUCAGAGGCAAGCUGUCAUCCCAGCUUGUAGGAUUUUCAGACAAGCUGUUAUCUCAGCUUAAAACUUUACACAAAAGCUAUCAUCUCAGCUUGAAGGCUUUCUGUGGCAGGGCCACUCUGGUCCCAGCUUGAAAACUUCCCAGACACGCUGUGCUGUCAGCUUGAAAGCUUAAUAAUCAAGAUUAUUGCUCACAAAAGUAGUCGCUUCUCGUCCUGAAGAGGGCGAUUAAGAGACCAGAAAUCCUCCCUUUGUCUUCCUGUUACUGUUAUUGGCAGUGCUCAACGGGAGCAGCUUACCGUUAACCUCCCCGUUAACGGUUGCACCUCCUCCCUUCUCGCCGUUGAACCCCGGCCCCGUUAACGAGUGUGAAUUAACGACACUUCUCCCCUUAAAACAGUGCCGUUUCCCAUGGGACAAACGGUGACCGUUUCGCCCAACAGAAACAGGCAAUCAGACAGUACAAAGCCCCUGAUUUACCGCACUCAGACCCGGUGAUCUGAACAUUACCUACGACAGCAAUAAACAGAAUACUUCCCAAUCCCCUGUUGCACCUGCUUCCCCGUUAACAGAGGACAAUCAGAGCACCAUGGCUGGGAGAUUUGCCGGUGCCCGGAUGGGCAUGGCCCAUCAGAACAAGAAGAAUGACGCUGCUAUGAACAAGAGGAACAGAAGCAAGGCUCGCAGUAAGAGUGGCUCCGUGGAUGCAGUGCCUAAGAGUCAAGCCGGUAAGAGUGCCGGCCAGAAGACUGGCACUCCUUCUAAGAGCAAGCAAGGUGGCAAGCCUACUGCCCAGAAGACCCAGGUGAAGCAGGCACCUAGCAAGGUGCCAGGGGGCAAGCCGGGCAAGAAGGGCAAGAAGGGCAUGAAACAUCAGCAAUAUGAUCUUAUUGUUACCAUUGAUCUGGUGGAGUAUGGGUUGACUGACGACCUGGUAGCUGAGUUCAAAGAAGCAUUUAUGUUAUUCGACAAAGAUGAAGAUGGAAUGAUUACUACAGCUGAACUUGGAGUUGUCAUGAGAUCCCUGGGGCAGCGACCAUCUGAAACAGAGUUGAGGAAGCUCGUGGGAGAGGUCGAAACGUGCGCCGAUGGUACCAUUGAGUUCAACGAGUUCCUUCAAAUGAUGAGCAAAAAACUGAAGGAUAUUGGUAAUGAAGAUGAACUCAAGGAAGCUUUUAAGGUGUUUGACAAGAAGAACUCUGGGUAUCUGUCGUCGACUGAACUCCGCCAUGUUAUGACCAGCAUGGGUGAGAAGAUGUCAGAGCAGGAAGUUGAAGAUAUGAUAAAGGAAGCCGCCCCCAACAGUGAUGGCAGGGUUAAUUAUGAAGAGUUCGUCAACAUCAUUGCUAGAAAGAAUUGAAUCUGCCAGCCACUACAUAGACUGUAUCCCAGCCAAUACAUAAUCUGUAUCCCAGCCACAACAUAAAUUGUAUAUAGGGUUUUUGUACUUUUGUAUACUAAUUUCACCCGAUAUAUUUUGUUAGAAAUGUUAACUGCCCUAUCACACAGAAGGUUAACAAUGGUAACUGCCCGGGGUAAUGAGUUGUUACUUGCGUUAGUGAUGGGUCGUUCUUCUUGUGUUGGGUCUGGGGCCUUUGGGCUCUCACUGGCUCCCAUUGGUUCUUAUUGGUUUAUAUUGGUAACCACUGGUAUCCAUUGGCACCCACUGGUGGCCACUGGCACCCACUGGUAUCCACUGGCACCCACUGGUAUCUACUGGAACCCAUUUGUAUCGAUUCACCUUGUGUUUAUGCCCUUUUCAGUACCUUUCAAAAUUUUCCAUCCUGUCUGCCAUUUUUAAACGUAAUUACCAUACAUUUAAUUACUCUCUGUACCUACGAUGGCCCAUUGUUAGCCUUCUACAAUAAAAAUCAAAAAUUUUAAU